AUGGCUCUCACGCCGGCUCAAAAGCAAAAACAUUAUCGUAAAAACUUGGCAAAAAAAGGCUUAAAUGGAGUCUCAAAAGCUAAAAAUGCUGCCAGAAUGAAAACAUUUCGUAAAAAUUUAACUGGGAUAACACGAGCCAAAUAUUUGGAAGCCCAUGCGGAUUCACAAAAACAUUAUAAAGAAAGAAAGAAUUCGAAACCAUGUACAUUAUUCUCAACAAAACAGUCGUUAUGCAAAGCAACAAAGAAAGUCACGAAAAUGCUUCCGAAAGAUCCUGCCAAGAAAAAGUUGAUUAUAAAAGCAAUAGCCGAAUCUGUUGGUCUUUUACCGACAUCAGCUCAUCAACGUGUUUCCAGAACAUUGUCGCCGAAAGCAAAAGAUGCCAUUCUUCUUUUAUAUGGACGUGAUGACAUAUCAUACCAAAUGCCAGGAAAACGCGAUACAGUUGUUGUUAAAGAAGAUGGAAGUAAGAAAACUUAUCAGAAACGAAUUUUGUUGUAUAAUUUGCGUGAACUGUAUCAAAUAUUCUUAAAUGAAAAUCUUAGUAAGCGAGCGUUUUCUACUGAUUUAAAUAUCGUUGUGAAAACAGUCGUUUGCCCUAUUUCAGGUGUUGAUGUAUCUCGUUCGCUCUUUGCUCAACUGCGACCACAACAAAUUGUGGUAAAAUCUUCAAUGGCACAUCGUGUAUGCGUGUGUUUAUAUCAUGAGAACGUUAAUUUGCUCUUAAAUGCGUUAUCAAAACAUAUUAAUGGAUUAGCUUGUUCCAGUUUACGAGCAUUCACAGGAGCACUGGUCUGUGAUGAAGCAAAUGAGCAGUGUAUGUUGUCUAACUGUAAUAAAUGUGAUCAUAAUUUUGAAUUACAAGUAAAAAGUAAGGUCAUUGGUGAAGCCGUUAAAAUAAAAUGGUCGCAAUGGGAUAACAAUAAGGGUCGUGCGGAAAAAACAGAACACGAUGGUACCGUUAAGCAAUGCGUGCAGCUCCUAUCAACAAAAGUUAAACAAUAUUUGUAUCAUGUAUUUAUUAAACGACAACAAAGUCAUCUGUUUGAACAACUGAAGGAAGAUUGUGAUGACAGAACGGUUGUAGUACAAGUUGAUUAUGCCGAAAAUUUUGCUCUUGGGGAACAGGACGCAAUCCAGUCAGCACGCUGGUCAACUAAAACGAUCUCAAUCUUCACAGCGCAUGCGUGGUGUGGUGCCUUGAACUUCUCAUUUGCUCUACCAUCAAAUAACGUGAGUCAUGAUAAAUACUGUGUUAGUACAUGUAUUAGUUUUAUUAUUGGUGAAUUGAAACAAUAUUUACCAGAAUUAGCACAAAUCAUAUUUUUCAGUGAUGGUGCCGCUUCACAGUUUAAGCAACGUUUUCUGUUUCGCAAUUUGGCAAGAAUGUCAAAUGAACAUGAUUUAAAGUUAUUAUGGAAUUUCUUUGCCACAAGCCAUGGCAAGAGGGUAGUCGAUGGUAUUGGUGGAACAGUAAAGCGAAUGGUUUGGCAAGAAAUGAUGACUAAAAGACAAUGUAAAACAGCAGCCGAUUUCGUACGUCUUGCCAAGAGUAAAACAAAUACAAUUAUUCUAUGUGAAAUGGCGCAAGGAGCAAUCGCCGCUUCAGAACAAAAGCCGAAACAGUUAUUUGAUGGCACUAAAGCUGUUCGAAAUACACAAAAGUUGCAUAAUGUCAUAGCUGUACGCCAAGAUGUUAUUGAAUGUCGUUCAUUUGGUGGUUCAACAAGCUUCUAG